ACAGUCUUUGAUAUUCAUGUUCAGCAACCUUUUGGAGACAUUCUCAUAUUCCUGACUGGACGCGAUGAAAUUGAUUUCGUUGUUGGAGAAAUUUCACAAAGGGCAACAACAUUGCCACGUUCGGCAAUGAAAAUAUUACCAUUACCCAUUUAUGCAGGUCUUCAGUUAGAACAACAAUUACAAAUUUUUGAACCCACACCAUACAAUACUCGCAAAGUUAUAGUAGCGACUAACAUCGCCGAAGCCUCCAUAACUCUUGAAGGUAUUGUGUACGUUAUUGAUUGUGGAUUUGUAAAACUGCGGGCCUAUACGCCGAGAACCGGAAUGGAAAGCCUUGUCGUAGCUCCAAUUUCCAAAGCAUCUGCUCAACAAAGAGCUGGGCGUGCAGGAAGAGUUGGGCCUGGUAAAACAUAUAGGUUAUAUACCGAAGAUUCGUUUUAUAAAUUAGAGGAUGCAAGCAUCCCAGAGAUACAAAG